UGCCACAACUGUGGAGCGACCGCAACACCACUUUGGCGCCGGUCCGCCAACAACGAGCCCCUCUGCAAUGCCUGCGGCCUGUACCACAAGCUGCACGCUAUGCACCGCCCCAAGCACCUUCAGCAAUCCAUGGGCCAAGGUCAUGCGGGCCUCAAGGCUAAGUAUGGGGCCCGAGCUCUAAACGGCGUCUCCUCGGACGAUGCCUCGGCCGCCAAUGGUUUGAGCUCUUCGGAUCCGACCUUGGCUGGCUGUUUCUCCUCUUUGUCUCAAGGACCACAGCCAAUGUGCACCAACUGCAAGACGACUCUGACGCCACUCUGGCGAAAGGAUGACCACGGCGACAUCCUGUGCAAUGCCUGCGGACUCUACUAUAAGCUCCAUCACAUCCACCGGCCCAUCUCUCUAAAGCGCAAUGUCAUCCGCCGU